AUGGCAGACGCGACCUUGCCCAUCAUUAACCUGGAUGUUUUCGUUGCUUCUCCCGAAUCUGAAGCAGCGCUGAAAGAGUGCAAGAAAGCAGCGGAUGCGCUGAUAACUUACGGAGCACUGCUUUUGCACGACUCCCGUGUCUCAGAGGAAGAUAACAACGCCUUUCUCGACCUGAUCGAGGACUAUUUCGCCCAGCCCGAGGAAACCUUGAAGAAGGAUGAACAACCGGAGCUUGGGUACCAGGUUGGCGUGACGCUCGAAAAUACGGAGAAACCCAAGUGCGCGGUGGAUGAGCCCUGCCUCAAGGUCAUCGCCCGCCUAGACCCAGCCGAGCGGCCUCUGGAUAUCACCGCGCACUCCCCGGAUCCGAAAUGCCGCUUUUUCUGGAAGAUGAGCGAGAAGCCCCCAUACGAGUCGCAGUACCCCGGGCUGAACGCUCCGAACGUCGUUCCCGAGGACGAAAACAUCCGCGAACGCUGGACGCCGAUUAUGGAGAAGUGGGGCACCUCCAUGAAGACCGCAGUCGCCAACCUGUCUGAGAUGGCCGCCGUCGGCCUCGGGCUCCCGAGGGAGACGUUCAAGGACGCAGGCAAAUACGGCCCGCACCUCCUCGCUCCGACCGCAUCGGACCUGAAGAAAUACGGACAGAAGGAUACCAUCCUAGCCGGCUUUCACACGGAUCUCAACUUCCUGACCAUCCACGGCCGCUCUCGGUACCCUGGCCUGAACAUCUGGGCGCGAAACUCUGGGAAACGGAUCCCGGUCAGAUUCCCCGCGACGGGCCGAUAUCUGCUCGUCCAGGCCGGCAAGCAGCUCGAGCACCUCAGCGGAGGCCUCGUCAAGGCCGGAUAUCACGAAGUCGUGGUGAACGACGCCACGCUUCAGGCGAUCGAGCGCAGGAUGGCCGGGCAUCCUGACCGCCCCCUCAUCCGGAUUUCGUCGACCUUCUUCUGGCACCUGUCUUCCGACUACGACCUGGCUCCGAUCCCGGCACUUCAGGAGCGGGCUCGUGCUCUCAGGGCGGACGCGAUCACCCUCGGCAAGAUCGACUUGGAGGAAGAGACCGCGUACGAGCCAAUGAAAGUCGGCCAACAGGUGAUCAAGUGA